AAAAAGAGAAUAUGUUCAGCUCAAUGUACAGUUACAUAUCUGUGAUAACGCUGAUGGUAUUUGCCAGCAUAUACAGAGGCGAAUCGUCUAAGUUAGGACAUAUUGAAACUUUGCUUAAGAAGUCUCAAGAUUCAUUACCAAAUUUAGCUUCUCUUAUUAGCGACAAUGAAAAAGCGAUUAAACAACUAAAAGUUAAGAUGAAUAAUGGAGCUGUGAAAACAGGCAACAAGAGCGCUGAGAACUAUAUCAACUGUUGGCGAGAGGAUUAUGAAAAAAGCAAUGGACUAGAUCUAUAUAAAGAUGUCGCAAAGAAACUUAGACAGCCACCUGAAGAUAAUGGUAUUUACGGAGAGGAGUAUCCUCUUCUAGAAUGUGUCCAGCAAGAAGCUAGUACUUUAAACGCUCAAUUACCAUCAGCCAACUGUGAACAGUAUAGACCGUCAUCAGAAGAACAAGAUAUAGAGAAUUUGCACCAGCACAUGGAAUAUUCAUACUACUACAGAAUGCUUUAUGGUAAAGCCAUUUUGUUCAAUAAAAUUUAUGAAACUUCCAUCGAGAAGAUGAAACGAAUGGGAGGAAGUAACUAGAGAAGAAUGCGAACAAUAUAUGACUCCUGCUGCCAUGUGAAACGUGUAUUCUGCACGCUAUUAAAAUGUACUCUUGUCCAGAGGAUUUCAUGACACACUUUUAGCUGAAUAACUCACUUUCGUAUUAACGCUCACUGCCUGUCUUCCAAAUACAAUUUUAUUGUUCA